AUGCUCAUUAAUAAUAGUGUACCCAACAGACGUCAUUUGGGUCAUGUGGUCAGAGUGCUUGCUGCUCCUCACCAGGAACUCCAGGGAUCCCAGGAAUCCCUGGACCCGCGGGAUCACCUGGCAAUCGUGGGACCUGAAGGACCCACAGGCCCAAGAGGAAACACAGGUGAUAAAGGAUCUCGUGGAAAGCAGGGACCUAAAGGAGAUACAGGACCCUCGGGUUCGACGGGCCUACCAGGAAACAAAGGUGAACUGGGCAUCCCAGGACGCCCUGGACCCGCAGGACCAUCCGGUAAACAAGGACCUAAAGGAACAAAGGGACCAACAGGAAACAAAGGGGACAAAGGAACGCAAGGAUUUAAAGGGAGACACAGGACCCUCGGGACCAGCGGGUCAAGCAGGAAGCAAAGGUGAACCAGGUGCUCGAGGUAUCCAAGGUCCUCAGGAACCCUCCGAAGUAAUUGGAAACAGUGUGUAUUUAAGAGUAUAAAUGAUAACAGAGACAAUGGUUUGAUCAAGGUAAGCACUUAAGGUGGCUCGAUACAGUUUUCCAGGGCCAAUACCUCCCAAGUUUGAGCAUAAACUACGUCGCCAUAAACAAAGUUUUGAAAAAUUGGCACGACAGUUGUACUAGAUAAAGAUGAAAAUUUGUUGUGAUCAGGGUUGCAACGACAUCGGAAUUGUCAUAGCAACGAAAUGACGCUAUUACUAUUUUACUUACAGCAGUAUAUAUCGGCACUGGGAACUGUUCUUCCAAAAUCAUUCACGGAAGCUUUUUCUCCAAUAGCUACCUCGAUGUCAGUGAAGUUUGAGCGAAAUCUGUAAGAGCGUUAUCGAGAUACUUUGGGAUAAAGAUUUCGUGGUUAGAAAUACGGUAAAAAUGGACAAUCUCUAUGUUCGGCUGUUAUCUGUAGAAAACGAAGCGCUUUUGACAUGCAAUUAAUUUCACCUCAUAGUAGUUUCAAUCUUUUAAAAACCUGUGUGAAAGAUCAUGGAGAUAGCUCCAGCCGAUUGCUAGAAAGAAAGAUUUGAUUAGUAUGUAUCCAGGCGCUCUUGUUAGCGGUUUUUGAAUAUUUUAGUCUACAUUAACAAACUAGCAAUUUUUUUUUAAACCGCUCGAUAGAUUUUUUUUAAAAAUUUAAGAUUCUUAAGAUUAACCCUCCUUUAUAUGACCUUUUAGUUUCAAGAUUAUUGAUAUAUUGUAAUGCAGUAAAAUAAGGGUUCCAAUUCAAAAUUUUGGCUGAAAUUUUGUGUUUACAAGUGUGAACUUCUCAUUAUUCAGGUAUUGUUUCCAAGUUUCAUAUUUUCGUGCACAACAAUAGCUAGCAUUUUGCAUAUGUCAAAUGCAUUGUUAGUUACUGCUGUUCACGUGAAAAUGAAACUUGGAGACAAUGCCUUGAAUAAUGAGAGGCUUUCUUGUAAUGACGAAACUUUCGAUAAAAAGUAGCGAAUUGUAUCCGUUAUUUUACUGCCUUACAAUGUAACAAUAACCUUGAAACUAAAAGGUCGUAUGAAAGGAAGGUUAAUCACAAGAACCCUAAAUAUUUUAAAAAUCUAUCGAGCGGUUUAAAAAUAAAUCGCUAAUUUGAUAAAGAAGACCAAAUGUUUACAAAAACCGCUAACAAGAGCGCUUCGAAACAUACUAAUCAAACCCUUCUUUCUAGCAAUCGGUUGGAGCUAUCUAAAUGAUCUUUCACACGUUUUUUAAAAGAUUGAAACUGCUAUGAGGUGAAAUUGCAUGUCAAAAGCGCUUCGUUUUCACAGAUAACAGCCGAACAUAGAGAUUGUCCAUUUUUUACCGUAUUUCUAACCACAAAAUCUUUAUCCCAAAAUAUCUCGAUAACGCUGUUACAGAUUUCGCUUUAACUUCACGAACAUCGAGGCAGCUAUUGGAGGAAAAAGCUCCUGUGAGCGAUUUUGGAAGAACAGUUCCCAGUGCCGAGAUAUACUGCUGCAGUGAAAUAGGUAAUAGCGUCAUUUCGUUGCUAUGACAACUCUGAUGUCGUUGCAAAACCUGAUCAUAACAAUUUUUUCAUCUUUAUCUAAUACAACUGUGUUGGCAAUUUUUCCAAAAACUUUGUUUAUGGCGACGAAGUUUAUGCUCAAACUUUGGAGGUAUUGACCCUGAAAAACUGUAUCGGGCCACCUUAACUCUUAAUAGAUUUAUGCCACUGACUGUUACGCUUUUUGUCUUUGGAUAUAGGUGAAUCGCCCUGACAAGAUUUCGUAUAUUCCUGCAAAUAAACACGGAUAAAUAUUAUUGAACUGGGGAAAGUAAAGUCUUGAUGCUUAAAGACUGCUCUAGAACGAACCCCAACUUUUAAUAACUUACGAUUCAACUCAACACUUUUUUAAGCCAUACCUUUUGCUAAUCUUACAUUUCAUUAAAGGCUAUUAUUACUCAGAAUUAAAAUUUCUUUCAAUAUUAUUUUAGGAAGUAAGUCAUAUAACCAUAGAUAGAAUAGCACCAUAGCACUGUCAUACAACCACAGAUUAAAAGCUAUACGCUUUUUAAAGCAUUGGCAGAUAAAAAAGAAAAGAGGAAGAAGAUAAAUGCUACAAAUCAUCACGAGACCGUUAACUUAGGCCAUUAUAAAAAUGUUCAAUUUAAGCGUUAUUUCAGACGUGAAAAAAACAGCGUACAGAUGACAGAUGAGUAAGAAAGCAAAGAUUAAUUAAUAAGAGCCAAUAAAAUGGCAUGAAAGCUCUUUAAACGCCAUACAUACGAGGUUUAGCUCAGUGAACAUUUCUCGCCAUGUCUUUAAAAAUUUCCUGAAGUACAACAAGGGAAACAGCUGACAAUUUAUUGGUCAACUGAGACAUGUUCUAACCAAUCAUCAGGAAGCUCAACGUGUUAUAGCAUCAUGUCAUUUAUUAGCCUCGGACGCGGCCUUUUCAUGUCAUACUGCGCAAAAACAGAUGCCUUUUGUAUAAGCAACCAUGUUAAAUAUUGGUCGAUAUAAAAAUCCCUGAUAUCCGUAUUUACUAUACAGGUAACGAGGAAGAAGAUAAACGCCACAAAGCUUCACCAGGCCGUUAGGCCACUAUAUGAAUUUUCAAUUUAGGCGUUAUUUUAAUCAUUCCAUAGGAAUGUAUUUUCAAGAAAACAUCCGACAAUACAGCCUUGCGAGUCUUCUGGAAUGGCGAUUUCCGUGUCACUAACUGCCACGCCUGCUGCCAUCGGUGGUACUUUACCUUCAAUGGUGCAGAAUGCUCGUCCCCGGCAGCCAUUGAUGGUGUAUUUUUAGUGUAUCAUAGCACUAACGCGAAAAAGAAUCCACAUCGCCCACGUCACAUCGAAGGAAUCUGCGAGAAGCUCCAUAAGGGCACGGUCCGCGUGGGAUUCUGGGUCGGUAAGUGUGGUCUUGGUUACAAAACUGGCGACGCGUAUACAGGCUGGAACUCAGUCUCCAAGAUCUACAUAGAAGAGGUGGCUCCCCCACAGCCGUAA